AGCUCAAGUUCUUCUAUGAUGCCUUCUGAGGCAGAAAGUAAAAAUGAUGUAGUUGGAUAUAUUUGUGUGCUUAUUGCCAUUUUAUUCUUUGGCAGUAAUUGGAUUGUUGUUAAAAAAUUUCCAGCAGGAGAUGGAUUUUUCUUACAAUGGAUGAUGUCAAUUGGUAUUUUAAUUAUUGGAACAUUUACAAUGUUAAUUCGUGGUGCAACUAUGGAAGGUCCAAUUUAUUUUGAACCAUUUGCAAUGUUAGGAGGUGCAUUAUGGUGUACAGGUAAUUUAUUGUGUGUCCCAAGUUUACAAAUGAUAGGUUUGUCAUUAGGACCAGCUAUUUGGGGAAUUGGUAAUAUGGUAACUGGAUGGAUUACAGGUACUUUUGGAUUAUUUGGACUUCAUGCAGAUAAAAAUGAUGUUAAAAUCUUUUGGUUAAAUAUUGUAGGAGCAAUAUUAGCUGCAAUUUCUGUUCCAUGUUAUGCAUUGAUUAAAACAAAAACAAGUAAAGAUCCACAAGCUGAAGAAGCACCAGCAGAAGAUCCAGAAGUAGAUAAAGUAAUUCAAGAGAUGGAUGAAAAUAAAGAAGAAUCUCAUGUAACAGAACAAAAUGAUGAAAAUCAAGCACCAUCUCCAACAAAUGAACCAGAAGAAACUAAUGAAAUCAAAGAACAUCCACAACCAGUAGAACAAGAAGAAUCACCAAUAUUUAUAAUGAUCAAGUCAAUGCCAGUAUUCCUUCAAAGAAUAGUAGGAGUUGUUUUAGCAUUAAUUGCAGGAAUAUUCUUUGGUUCCAAUUUUGAUCCACCCAAAUAUUUACAAGAUAAUGGAUUAUCAUCUCCAAAUGGAAUAGAUUAUGUCCUUUCUCAUUUCCUUGGUAUUUUCAUUUCAUCAACAUUAUAUUUCAUUUGUUAUGCAAUCUGUUUUAGAAAUAAACCAUUUAUGUAUAAAGAAACUACUUUCCCUGGUAUUGUUAGUGGAAUGAUGUGGGGUGUUGCACAAGUAUGUUGGUUUAUUGCUAACUCCAAUUUACCUUAUGUUGUUUCUUUCCCAUUAAUUACUUCUGGCCCUGGAUUAUUAUCACAAAUUUGGGGAAUAUUUGUUUUUGGAGAAGUUAGAGGAUGGAAAAACUUUAUCUUCUUUGGUAUAGGAACUUUUAUUCUGAUCAUAGGAAUUGUCUGUAUUGUUGUUUCUAAAUAA